CUGACUUUUACUUUGAAAAAUCUAACCCGUUGGGACUUUUACGUAAGCGGUUCAGGCCAUCCUAGCAGCAUCGUAUUCAGAAUCAGUGUUUGUUUGGAGGUUCAGUGGUUCGGGAUGGUAGCGAGCGGAUUGAAAUGGGUUUUUGAACGCGGUCGGAACAUCAUGAGCACGUGUCUCUUCACAGCUCUGCUGCUGUUGGAUAUUUACUCUAAAUGUGUGAUCGGGUAUAUGAGUUCUCCUCAUGUGGGUGAGGAACCGAUGUACACAGCCCAGCAGAACCCUGUGAUGAGCAGUCCAAUAGCCCUGACAGCAGCAUCAGCUUCAUCAGUGGUCACCAAUAACUACACAUCAAAGUGUCCGAGUGGUGGGCUCUGCACCAAACUUCCUGCAGAAUGCAUCAGCUGCACAUAUUACCACAACUGUAGCUACGGCCAACCAGCAAAUCUCACCUGCAGAACCAGAGCAGGCGUUCACUGUGUGAAUGUGUUGGAUCAGCCACAGCAGAAUUUCACCCUGACGGUGGACUGCCAGUUCUGUUGGCAGUUGGAUCUGUCGCAAUAUCGCUGCUCAAAUUCUAACAGCUGUAUGACAGUAUCGUGUCCUCGCAGACGCUAUAAUGCCACCUGUGAAGUACUGGAGCAUGUGCACUGUCUGGGUAAAAGAAAGUUUCAGAAGCGUCUGUUUUGUAACUGGACAGGAGGAUAUAAAUGGUCCACAGCUCUUGCUCUAAGCAUCACUCUGGGUGGGUUUGGAGCAGAUCGAUUCUAUUUGGGUCAGUGGAGAGAAGGUUUGGGGAAGCUCUUCAGCUUCGGUGGUCUGGGGAUCUGGACCCUCAUCGAUGUUCUUCUGAUCGCGGUGGGCUACGUGGGGCCUGCCGAUGGAUCUCUGUAUAUCUGAGGGUUGUAGGGGGCAGAUUACUCUCAUUCUAGAUUUCAAACCCCAUUAGUAUGUGUUGCUGUCCAAACUCCCACUACAGCAGAUUCCCAUCUGUCUCGAAUGUGAGCUCAUGCCUUCAACAGCACGCCUGAGAAACACAGCGUCAUCUUCCACCUAAAGCUUCUCUCUCUCACACACAAACAUGCACACAUGCUCAUACUCUGGUUUGAGGAAGAUGAUGAUAGAAGACAGCAGGUUUUAUUUCCAUCAGGGUUUCGUCAGAAGUAGGUGGGAGUCUAAAGAGGCAAAUUUGUACAAUAUGUAUCUUAAGAAUUGAAUUGUGUGUAUAUAAGUGUUUGUGUAUGUGUAUAUAUAAUAGUGAUGAGCUGUGCUAAAUGUGUUGUGGACAAGGAUGUUUUAUGCCAUUUUUUGAUUUUCUGUUCACAUUUUUUUUUCUUUUCUUUUUUUUUUUAUUAAAACUGUUUUCGUUGAGUGGAUCAUUCUCACGUACCGUUUCACUAUUGCACAAGUUGAAAACAUUUGUUUUAUAAAAUCAAUUGAAGAAAAAUAUUUUUUUUAAGGAGAAGCAUAAUUCAGGAGAUACUAUUGAAAUGUUUAAGUUCAUAGAGCAUUCUAUCACAGAACAAUCUCUAUCAGGCACAUUUCACUGUGUUCUAGCCUGAACAAAUAUGUUACUUGCACUCAAUGGUUCCAGGAACAAUUUGUGUAUUUGAAGCUCUCAGUCGCUGCCACUGUGUCUGGAACAGUCAGAAUAAAGGUCCGUGCGUCUCUGCCAU